AUGAAGCUCCUAUUUCAUUUGUUCGUUCUCUCUUUCAUCAUAACAUCUGCAUUUUGUGGGAUCAAAGACUUUAAUAAGCACUUUGAAAGUGUUGAUCAAGCUAUAAAUCCCCGUUCGCCCCAUGAAAAUGAAACCCACAAUAUGCCUAAUUUUCCACCAGGGUUCCAUAAGGCAAAUACUAUAACCAAUGACUUGAUUGCUGAGGAAGACGAAGAGGAAGACUAUCUAGAUUUGGAAAAGAUAUUUGAUGAGGAUUAUUAUGGUGACAUAAUUGAUGCUUCUCCAUAUCCCUAUAUAGUUGCUGAAAUUCAGCAAGGAAAUAUUCUUGAGUUAUUCCAUGGUAAAACCAGAAUCCAGCGUCUCAACAUCCUCAAUGCAAACUUUGGCUUCAACCUUUAUCGGAGUCUGAAGGACAGAGCCAAUUCUUCAGAAAACAUUCUGAUGGCUCCUGUUGGUAUUUCCACUGCAAUGGCUAUGAUUUCAUUAGGGCUGAAGGGACAAACACACCAGGAGGUACUCUCUGUUCUAGGCUUCAGAGAUUUCAUUAACGCCAGCUCCAAGUAUGAGAUUAUGACAAUUCACAACCUCUUCCGUAAACUAACUCACCGGCUCUUCAGACGCAAUUUCGGUUACACACUGCGAUCGGUCAAUGAUCUUUAUAUUCGGAAGCAAUUUUCUAUUAUGGAUGAUUUCAGAAACAACAUGAAAAAUUAUUACUUUGCUGAGGCUCAAUCAUCUGACUUCUCAGACCCUGCCUUCAUCACUAAAACCAACGAGCGCAUCCUGAAACUGACCAAAGGAUUAAUAAAAGAAGCUCUGGUGAACAUCAACCCCACAACAUUGAUGAUGAUUCUCAACUGUAUUUACUUUAAAGGAACUUGGGAAAACAAGUUUCCAGUGGAAAUGACAAACAAACGGACCUUCCGACUGAAUGAGAAAGAAACAAUAAAGGUUCCUAUGAUGCAGACCAAAGGAAACUUCCUGGCUGCUGCAGACCAUGAGCUAGACUGUGGUGUACUCCAGCUGCCAUAUGUGGGGAACAUCAGCAUGCUAAUUGUGCUUCCAAACAAACUAUCUGGCAUGAAAGCACUGGAGAAGCAACUGACCCCUCAGGUGGUGGAGAAAUGGCAAAAGAGCAUGACAAACAGAACAAGAGAGGUAGUUCUGCCUAUUAAGCUGGAGAAGAGCUACGACCUGACUGAUUAUCUGAAAUCCAUGGGAAUAGAAACACUGUUUGACAACAAUGGCGACUAUUCUGGAAUAUCAGCUGAGAAAGUCAUAAUUGAUGUGUUCAAUCACCAAGGCACGAUUACUGUGAACGAGGAAGGCACAGAGGCUGCAGCUGUGACCACAGUAGGGUUCAUGCCCCUUUCCACUCAGAUUCGCUUCGUCGUUGACCGCCCCUUUCUGUUUCUCAUCUACGAGCAUCGCACCAGCUGCCUGCUGUUCAUGGGCAGAGUCGCCAACCCCAGCAAGUUUUAA